AUGUCUAUUUCCAAAAAAAGCAAUAAAUAAAGUUAAAAACAGAUUGAAAACUAAUGGAUUGAUAAAGUAGUCUGUCAAAAUUAUAGAAUUCUCAGUCCUUUAAAUUCAGGUUUCUAAUUCUUCUUAAUUUGCUAGGUACAUUUGGUCAGAUCUACUUGGCAAUUCAUUAAAUAAAGUAAGAAUAUUUUGCAGUAAAAAUAUUAUCAACUGGAAAAAACCCAAUUCUUGCUUAAUCUGUAAAGAAUGAAGUAGACGUAUUGUAUAAAUUAAAUGGACAUAUUGGAUUUCCUCGUUUAUAUUAUUUCAUUUAGAACGGAACUGAAAGUGUCAUAGUUUAAACAUUGUUAGGAUAGAACUUAUAUUAAUUAUUGAUGCAAAGUCCAAAAAAAGUAUUUUCCUAAAAAACAGUUCUGAUGUUCUUAGAUUAGGCAGUAGAGCGAUUAUAAUAUUUGCAUAUGAAUGAUUACAUACAUAGAGAUAUAAAGCCAGAGAAUUUUAUGACAGGUUUAAAGGAAGAUGAAAUAUAUCUAAUUGAUUUUGGAUUUACAUCAAAAUAUAGAAUAUAAGGAUAGCAUAUAGAGAGAUAGAAAAAUGAAAAUAUAAUUGGAACUCCAAGGUAUUUAAAUAAUUAACUUUGCUAAGCCUAGAUUUUGCCCAAUCUGUUCCCACUUGAGUUUAUCUUAAAAUAGAGCAAGUGAUUUAGAAAGUUUAGGAUACUUGGCUAUAUACUUUUUGAAAGGUUCACUUCCAUGGAUGAAUAUACAUGCAGAAAGUCCAGAAGAGAAAAUUAAACUUAUUGGAUAGAAAAAGAUAAAUACAUCUAUUGAAGAAUUAUGGUAAUUUUAUUAUAAUAAUAAAUAGUUCUGGAUUACCAAAAACAUUUGAAGAUUAUUUUAAAUAUAUUUUAAAUAUUUCUUUUGAUGGUGAUCCUAAUUAUGACUAUAUUUAAAAAUCAUUUAAGAAAUUGUAUCAAACAUUAGGAUAUCCCUUUGAUUAGAAAUUUGAUUGGACUAAAGAAGAAAUUAAAAACUCUUAAGAUAAUGAAAAAAGUACCAAACAAUAACAGUUUUUAGAUGUAGGAAGAAAAUCAUUUACUGCAGAUGUUAAUAUUGAAGUUAUACCUUCAUAAAUUAAAAAAAAGUAAGAUUAUUCUAAAAAAAUUUAGAAAAAUUGAACGAAUUCAUCAUCUCAAAAUUUAAGGAGAAUUAUUUUUAAGUACUGAUUUGAAAUAAGAAGAAAUUUAAGAAUUUGAACCAGGACUAACACUAUUUGAUAGAAUGCAAUAGAUAAAUAAAUAAUAGUUAAAAAAAUAUAAAUGA